AGAAAGUGGCCGGAACCUUUCAUCUACAGCCUUUUUUCUCUUUCCGGAUGAAAUUUUGUGCUGCCACGCGUUAGUGUGCGACGUUGUUAUUCCGCCGACUGGAAACUCAGUGACGUUCACGUCGUUGUACGAAGUUGUGGAUCGGACUCUGGGUUCAAAGUGUCCUCGGGGUCAAAAUGUCGGACGCGCUGCUGCGGUGGAUUCUGGACCAGCUACACCACGUGUUCGGACUGGAGGCGUGUGACGACAUCGUCGAAUACAUUCUGUCCAUUGAAUCAGCUGAGGAGAUUGAGGAGUACGUGGGAGACCUCCUGCAGGGCACGGAUGGGAAGAAGAGGCAGUUUAUAGACGAGCUCCUCAGCAGAUGGAAGAAGACUCAGAGACAGGCAGCAGAUACUGGAAGUCUUUUCCCUCCUAAAGAAUCCGUCUCAUCAGAUUCACAAGACCCGACUAGAGAUACCCAGAAGAAGUCUAAACGUAAAGGCCGCAACAAACAGGAGGUGAUGACGGCGAGCCAAACAGAACCUGAGCCUGAAGCUGUCAAAACCCCCAUUGAUUUGAUGAGGGCUCAAGAAAACAGCAGCACCUCUUCAACGAAGAAGAAAAGUAAGUUUGUCAGUCUCUAUAAUAAAGAAGGACAGGACAGGCUUGCAAUCUUACUCCCUGGUCGACACACUUGUGAGUGCCUUGCUCAAAAGCACCAACUUAUCAACAACUGCAUCAGCUGUGGUCGCAUUGUGUGUGAGCAAGAAGGCUCAGGACCCUGCCUCUUCUGUGGAAGCUUGGUCUGCACAAGAGAGGAGCAGGAGAUUCUGCAGCGAGACUCCAACAAAAGCCAGAAGCUAAGAAAAAAGCUGAUGGGAGACGGUGGAGAAAGAGAUUAUCUCCCACACCAAGAGGCCAAGAUGAAGGCAGGCCUGGAGAAGGCUCUUCAACACAAAGACAAACUGCUGGAAUAUGACAAGAACAGUGUCCGGAGAACGCAAGUUCUAGACGAUGAGUCAGAUUACUUUGCCACCGAAUCCAAUCAGUGGUUGUCGCCCGGUGAGCGUGAAAAGCUGAGGAUGAAGGAGGAGGAGCUUAGAGAGCUGCGCCAUGCCUCUCGCAAGGACAGGAAGAUCACUCUGGACUUUGCUGGUAGACAAGUGCUCGAUGAAGGAAACAACCUCAACGCGUACUACAACAAGUUGGACGAGACCCUCAAUGCUAUGAACAACGACUCAAAAUCACAGAGGAGCUCAGAAAGACAAGGUGGAAAGCAAAACCUCAGAGAGCUGGUUAACCCCAACAUAAUGCAGUCUGCACCAGAGUGGGUGAAUGUUGGAGGCGGUGGAAACAGGAGAAACAUGGAGCAGGGAAAGAGUUUGGCAGAGAACAAGGGAGAGGAAGGACGCAACAGGUUGCGGCUCCAAGACAAAGAGCUGCAGGAGAUGUCUGAUGGAGGCUGGUGCCUCAGCAUGCACCAGCCAUGGGCCUCACUGCUGGUCAAAGGCAUCAAGAGGGUGGAGGGUCGGACGUGGUACACGUCACACAGAGGUCGUCUUUGGAUCGCUGCUGCAGCCAAGAAGCCCACUCCUCAGGAAGUUGCUGAAGUGGAAGCCAUGUAUCGCCACAUUUACAAGAAAGGGACAAGGUUUCCUAAAGAAUACCCUACUGGCUGCCUGUUGGGCUGCGUCCACAUGAGCGACUGUCUGUCUCAGGAGCAGUUCAGAGAACAGUUCCCUGAUACCUGUGAGGAGUCCGCCUCCCCAUUCGUCUUCAUCUGCACCAACCCUCAGGAGCUGCUGGUGAAAUUCCCCAUGAAAGGGAGGCACAAGAUCUGGAAGCUGGAGAGCCAGUACCACCAGGGUGCCAAGAAGGGGCUGGUCCCGUCAGCUGCAGAGUGACGUCAGAGGAGAAGCUGAGGACAGAUCGCCUGAUCUCACGGGAACCAGGCAAAUUAUGUUCUCGAAGCAUCGGCCAGUUUCCACAGGGGUAGUCCCAACAUUCUUCGGGAGUUGUCGAUGCCGGAAUAUUAUCAGCAUGGACUCAUUCGCUCUGUGAUUUAUUCUCUGACAUUUGCAUUUGACUAAAGAAAUGUUCACAGCACAUAAACAUAUAAUCCUUGUGACAAUUGAUUGCAUACGUCUUUAUUUUGUACACAAAUAUGAGCUUUAUAAUUUUGCUCUAAUUAAAAUUCUAUUUGUUGUGAACAGCAACGCCAUCUGUCAUAACACGUUCAAGAACAACCUAGUUGUUUCUCAAAGCAAACUCUCGCUCAAAGACAUGAGCUAGCACAUUUUUCAUUAAAGUUGUGCUCAGCAAGCUAAUAACUACAGAGCUGCUUUGUCCCGAAGUUUUCCGGAGGGUCUGUAUAUGAGAACUCAAAUGUCAGUUGCUCCGGACAUUUUCCAUAACUGUUCCCUCCAGCCCCCCCAUUGUAUAAUGUCCAAAUGAGCCCAUGUGAGAAUAGAGCAGAAAAAGUUUCUGGAAAGAAUCAAAGCAGUAAGUGGAUGUUUUGACGUUUCUAACACUCGAUGGAGGCUAAAGUGGAAACUCAAGAGAAAUACUGUCCCUCUCUUCUCCUCAGUGGUCUGUCAUUACCCCUCUCACACACGAGGCCACAUUUAGACCAACAAUAGCUCUCAGUUAAAAAACUCCACCUUCUCAUUCAUUUCAAUGAGACCUUUGCAUUGGCAAAGAAGGGGGGGGGGGGUCCAGAGAAGAAAAGAAGUUGAUCCUGGAUCAGCAGUGUAAUCCAGCAACACACUGUUUAGACCAAUCAAAUGCAUGUAUGUGCAAAUUCAGUAGCUGUUAUUCUCUGAACGUGGUUCUGUCAGAGAUCGUUAUUACUUGACCAUGAUUUUAUCUGAGUUUUAUCGAUCUUGCAUCAGAGGUGCAGAAACAGGCCUCGGAUGAGUCGUCAGCCUCAUGGACUUCUUGGGUGGCUCUUUAUUCGCUCUCUGCUGAAUCUGCAGCAACGUCAAGAAAAAAAAACCCUGGGGUUGUUUGGAGGCAGAGAUAUUUUCAGUCUCAACAGAAUGGGGUUAUCCAGAGUGAGCUCCCCUCUCACCACCACAAGAGCUUUAAACACGCUGCAACAUUUUAAUAUUGAAGGUACAUUUUCAGAUGUGACUGACCUGUGGUCAGUGGUGGUAACGUGAUAAUUAUAGAAAAGGCUGUUUUAUGGUGUUUCCAAACGGCCACAAUGGAAUAAAAAAAACCAACACAGCCACCAGGACUCGUUUGGGAUGAAGGGUUUUCCUAAAAAAUACACAACGGUCCCACAAAAACAAAAGACCUUGGGUUGAGGUUCGGGAUUGGGAUUGAUCAUUGAUCGAUUGAUUUGGUUUGAAGUUAAUAAAAAUGUGUGAAAACUU